AUGUGUGAGGCCUUGGCCGUUUCGACUCCCAUGAGGAAGUCCGUUGUGUUGACCCAUCGCUAUCCUUCUUGCUCGGUGUUAGUGGGUGAGAUGUUCCUUCCUGCCGAUCUAUUCAUGAUGCCGCUGUCAGGCUUCGAUAUUAUUCUGGGUAUGGACUGGCUUGUGGAGUAUCAUGUCAUCUUAAACUAUGCCGUGAGGACAGUCACAUUCCACAUUCCAGGCUUGCCAGUUUUUCAGUUUGUCACUGAGCCCAGAGGAGAGCCAUUAUCUAGUUUCUUAGCUUCUGUCGUUGAGGAUUAUGUGGCAGAGUGUAUUGAGCAGCUGUCAAUUGUUUGCGAGUACCCGGAUGUGUUCCAGGAGAUACCGGGUUUACUGUCGAGUCGAGAGGUGGAGUUUCAUAUUGAUCUGGUGCCCGGUACAGCGCCUAUCUCAAAGGCCCCCUACCGGAUGCACCGUUGGAGUUAA